AUGAGUCAAGUCGGAAAUGCUCUGGUCUGCAUCGCCGUCUACACAAACCACACGAUGAGGACGGUAACGAACAUAUUCAUCGUCAAUUUGGCGGUGGCGGAUUUCUUCGUGAUCCUGUUCUGCCUUCCGCCGACAGUCGUUUGGGAUGUGACCGAGACCUGGUUCAUGGGCAAGGCCAUGUGUAAAGUCGUCAUAUAUUUUCAGACUGUCUCGGUGACGGUGUCGGUGCUAACGUUGACAUUCAUCUCGAUCGACCGGUGGUACGCCAUUUGCUUUCCACUGCGCUACAAACCUCGGCCAGAACGAGCCUGGCGGUCCAUCGCCGUUAUCUGGCUUAUCGGGUUCCUAUCAGACCUUCCCGAGUUCCUGGUGCUGACGACCCGCCGUAAGAAGCUGCGUUUUGACAUCAAAUUGUUCACCCAGUGCGUGGCAACUUGGGACAAGGACAAGGAGAAAACCUACAACAUCCUCAAAUUAGUGUUCCUCUACUCGUUGCCGUUGCUGUUCAUGACGAUUGCGUACUUUCAGAUCGUGCGAGUCCUCUGGCGGUCGGAUACAAUCCCGGGCCAUCGAGAGUCCCGGAACCAGCCGUGUGGAAUUCAUGGCACCCGAGGGACGCUGAAUUGUGUCGGCAAUACCAGCACCAUGGGCCAGCUGAGGGCCCGGCGGAAAGCGGCCAAGAUGUUGGUGGCCGUCGUGAUCAUGUUUGCCGGGUGCUACUUUCCGGUCCAUAUGCUCAACGUGGCCAGAUACACAUUUGACAUAAGUCAGAGCAACAUCGUGGCGGUGCUGUCGUUGCUCUCCCACUGGCUGUGUUACGCCAACAGUGCAAUCAACCCUGUGAUUUACAAUUUUAUGAGCGGUAAAUUCAGACGAGAGUUCAAGAACGCCCUGGAGAAGUGUCACUGCCUGCGGAAUCCCCGAAGGUUGGGUGGUCGGGUGGGUGGCUACGAUGAUCGCUCGAUGUACCACACGGCCACCCGGAUGAAUGUGAGUCCCAGCACCCGCAGCAACUAUCAGCUGACCAGCGUAAGAAACAUUAGCAUUAAGCACACCCAGCAGACAUCGUUCAACGGAAGUCGCCACCAUCAUCAUCAUCAUGCCAGGAACAGCAUCAAUCACCCGGGCAGUCUAACGGCACCGCAAAUCUCGCCGGUAUCGCUCGAGGAACGGCUGGCGCUGACCAAGAACGUGGAUGGCGUUUCAGGUGGAGGUGGAGUAGAUGCUUCCGGUCAACUGACGGUUGCCAUCAACAACGGCAAUGGCGGCGCCCAUCAGAACGCCCAGAAUGGGGCCAGUCUUAGUAAUAACAACAGCAUCAAUAAUAACAACAACAACAACUCCCCGGCCGCUGCCAAUAAUCAACCGGCCAUGGGCAAUGGAUCGAUGGCGAUGAUGAUGGGCGGCCCAGAGAACGCCGGAAGUGGCUCAGUCAGCCACGGCGGCCAUCAUGGCAGUUCCUCCUCGAUGGUAGUGAUUGUGAACAAAUCCAGCAAUUGCAAGAUUAAUGGCACCUGACGGGCGAAGUUGCACGUUUCCUGGCGCAGAAGAAAUCGCGGCAACGAGUUGGGAGUUGGACACGGAGACACAGGGAGACACGAGCUGAACUAAGAGAAUAAGAUAAAGCGAUGACGUGUCGGUGCUGCUGUCAGAUUGUUUGAAGAGACAUAAAAUGUCAAACCUUAUAUGUAAAGGCGUGAACGACUGAUCCUGAGCUCACAUUGUAGUCCUGAAAAAUCUAACUCUGGAAAACUUGGGCAGUUCUUGCAUUGAGGAUCCGAAACAGAAUUCUCAAUUCCAAAUUAAAAUUUUAAAUCUGAUUGACAAGGCAAGAUCAAGAAAAAUUCGAAUACAAAAAAUUCAAGCUCUCUGGAGCCACCGCUGAUCAAUAUAUGUAUUUUGUUUCCUGAUUUUUUAUGUUUAUUUAGUCAUCGGACACAGAACAGUAACAGCAAACUUAAUCAGUACAUUUGCGUUCGACUUAACUAUGUGAUAUGAUUAGCAUUCUAUUAAAUGAGCUAUGGUGGAAGCCUUUUUCUGCAAUUGAGAUACACAAUGUAAAACUAUUUUAUAUCUUAAUGGAACUAUAAAUAAGAAUUGUAAUGCUAAAAAAUCACAAUACAAUUGUUACGGUCGUCAUUCAAGCUACAAAAAUCCGAAACAAUGCUUGCUUAGUAAAUUGGCAUCAAAACCAUGAGCAGGCUUGGUUCCACAGAAGAAACAAAACUGAUGUUGAUUUUUCAGUACAAAAAUAUUCAAUUUUCCCAUAUAAACUUAAAAGUUCAAAUUUACUCAUGUAAUCGUUACAUAAAAAUUCUGCAAAAAAUCAUGGAUAAGUUUUGAACCAAAACGAAGCUUUCCAGACCUCAGGGUUUAAGAAAUUCGAAAAUGACCCACAAUCGACUCAGUCUAAUGCUACACAUUUUUUCACAUCGGUAAAUAGCUCAGACACAUACAGCGAUUUGAGGCUGUAAUAAUUAAUUCACACUCCUAAAAACAAAUUGUACCAAAACCUGGAUGAUGCUUAAUCCUCAUCCGUCCCUGAAACUUUUACCCGAUACAGUCCCUGCAAUGUCAAUUUGACACUCCUGACUAAAACCAAUAUCUCUCUCUACUUUCUAAACCGAUUUUCACAAAAUUUAUAGUUUUGGAAACUUCGUAAUGUAACUCAAAUAUUAUUUUUGACUAUAUUCACCUACAAAUCUACAACCUACAAAGUUUUCCGUUAUUCAAAGUCUAAGAAAAAAAUCCGAAAAAACUUGCUUCGGAAUAGACUGUAUAUAUUUUUUGAUUUUUUUAAGAUCAUGACCACAAAAAAUGUAAAAAAGUGGUGUGAAACUCGAACUUUUCAAUCAAUGAAUCGUCAAAAUUGUUUAAGGCAUACCAAAUUAAUUUUGAAAACAGGAUUGGAAAGUUGACGUAAUUUGGCACAUUUUUGCAUUUUUAGUGUUUCAAAAUACGAAACACAGAAUUUUUGACGAAUUUUCAAAGGAAGCUGUUUUUCGAACUUUUUGUUCAUUUGCAAUUCCUCAGAUUUUCUUCAACUUUGAACGAAGUUUUAAGAGAAAAAACAUAUUUUUGAAACACAUUUGAGUUACGUUACGAGGUUUCCAAAACUAUAAAUAUUGUUCAAAUCGGUUGAAAAACGAGAGAGAUAUAGCGGUUUUAAGCGUGGAGUGUCAAAUUGACACUCAAGGUCUGAUUAGGGAGUUUUUUCCUGGGCUUUCAGGGUGCGUCCAUAAAAAAGUAGUGAUGAAAAAUUAAAGAUUUCGAGAAUUGAUUGAGGGCCCCCGAAGAAAUUGUUUUAUUUGGAUGCACUCGAAGAAAGUUACAAGCCGCUAAACUUCCAAUAGUGUCAUAUUGACACUCAAGCGCGGAUUAGGGUUAUUUCAGUUCCUAAAAUUGUUAUCGAGCUGAAAAUUUAAAACCGAGUUUCUGGAAUCCGAUCAUAAUGAUUUCAAAGAGAUUGAGGAAAUUAAUUUCAAUAUGGAUUGAUUGCUCUCUGGAGCCACCAUGCAUUGGAUAAUAAGUUCGUCACAGUCUGUUUUUACUCUUCAUAUUCAACUUUAAUCAAAAUACAGACGAAAAACCUAGAAACUAGAAGCUAUAAUUGCAAAUAUUCCAAAACUACCAAUGCCAGAUCCUAUGUUUCAGAAAAUAAAACUUUAAAGAAGAUUUUCAAUAUAUAAAAUAUAUAUUUUAUUUUCUCAAUGGACUCUUAGCAAGUACUUAUUUUAGCAAGGGCCGGAUGAUUGAAUGUGCCGUACCAUUUAUUGCAAAUUUUUUAAAGAAACUGGUUUCGUAACGUUAUACCUAAAUUAAAAUACGAUUAUAAUUUUAAUGGCAUGUGCGGCGGAAUAAAAACUAGAGAGAAUUUAUUUUAUAGAAAUUUGAAAGAAAGGUGGAUAGACAGGCAUUAGUGCGCCAAUAGAAGAAAGCUUGAAAGGUGUUGAAAUUUUAGGCUAGAGGGCAUGUUGAUGAAAAGCUCCUAUGAAUUGCUCCCGCCUUUGCUCUACACUAGCUAACUAUACAUGAGAAACUCAGAAAGAGAAUUCCCAUGUAUAGCGAGCCCAGUGGUUUGAGAGCGUGUUUUUACGCGCACUUCAAACGAGCAAAAAACGUAACAACCCAUGGGCCUACGAGCUUUCCUUAUGCGAGAACAGUUCUAGCGACGUUGCCAUUUUUUAGAUUCGCUGCGCAUAGUUGCUACUUGUCGAUUUUUUCGCAUUUCACAUUUUAUCUAUUCCGCGUUCUUACUUUUUGGCCAAGUGUCAAUUUUUGAACCAUAUUUUCUUGUUGUAUUUUUUCUUUUUGCCAAUGAUUGUUUGUUAUAUGGUUUUAAAUUAUAAUCAUAAAAAAUUAUGACGAUUAAAACCAUAUAACUAAAUUAAAAUACGUACAUUUAGGAAUAAGAUAUAUUCGAUUUUUUUUAUCAUUUGACUUCGAAAGAUUUUUACAUACCCAUACAUACGAACCCAUUCCAUUUUUCCAGAUUGAAUUUCAUUCAUUGUUAAUCAGAUUUACUUCGAUGCUAACAAAAGUUACAUGAAAUCUAACGGAAAUCGUUUGGGUAUUUUUGUUGCUGCUUCAAGAGAUUUAAUCAAAAGUUGAAUUGAAAUCAAUAAUUGAUGUAUUUUAAAAAAAAAAAUAAACACUCUGUUUUGUGAAUAACUUUUGAAUGCAUGGAUGUAGUAAAUUGAUGAAAUUUUUGUAAUGUUCUGGCAAGUGGUUUUUAAGAUACCGUCCUAAAGAAAAAUAAUUCGACUUUAAUUUGUGGGUUGCACGUGCAUCAUCUAUAACGCAUACAAUGAACCACCUUUUUUCAAAUCAAGGCGAUUUUUGAUAAAGUUUUCUUUUUCCUGAAGCUUGAUCUUCAGAAUACCUCAAAAUUUUAAAUUUUAUCGAAUUUAUAACAAAUUUAGCCGAUAGUCCUUCUUCGGAACAAAAACAACAUAUUUGACUUUUUAUCCCCCACCAGUUUUUUUGCGUAAUGGCAUGAUUCCAGAUCCAACUCAAACAGAUUUCAAACUGUGGAGGACUUAUUAAAAUGCUUUACAGGCAAAACGGUUGCAUUUGGAGGCAGUCUUUUUGUAUUUUUUUUGUGUUUUCAGCCAUUCAUCGUACCCAUCUUAAUGAAAGAAUGAGUAAUUUGGAGUUUCCACAGAUGGUUAGCCUUCUCAAGCACUAGACCAUUUUUCAUUUAUUUUUCAUUUAUUUCCUUGUUUAUUUCCGGGAAACACAGGCAAGACUUGUCAACGAAAAGUUUCUGAUUGGAAUCCUGCCAGGUGACCGUUGAAGAGUUCGUUUUGCUGUCCAUUACGAAUGUUUUCAAAAUAUUUCCCCAUCAGAGUGUCCAUUUCCCUGUCAUUUUAGUGAUCCCGGGAAAUUUGACGAUCCUUUUCCCAGGAAUUCUCAGGAUCCCGAGAAAAAUUUAAAAUGAAAUUUCAUGACUCUACUGCUUCUUUUUGGCAUUUACCUAUAUGGCAUUUUUGAAUUUUUAAUGCCUCAAAAAUUCAAUUAACAAUUAUAAAACCCAAGACCAAAAAACUAAAUACUUUAACCGACAAACUUGACUUAUUUUUGCUGCAAAAAUUUUAAAUUAUUGAGACAGAUUUUUCGCUAUUGAUAGAAGUUCGUUAGCUUGAUUUAAGGUCAUUCAUCAAAUUAUUUAAACGUAGAUUUGCAGAUAACUAUCGUUUUGUUGGUAAAGUGUCACUAAUAAAACUUAAUAAUAAUAAUCCUUUUGUUUUGAAAUAUUUCUUUUCUAUGCCGAUGAUUUUGCUACUGCACACAGUUUACGAAUCGGAAGUUUUAAAUGAUGAGUGUUUCAAAAUAGAACAUUCAGAUUCUUUAUUGGAAUUGUUUGGUUUUUAAGACUCUUUGUCGUUUUUCACUUUUGCACUAAGAUAUCGAACGAAAUAACAUUUUUUAUCCAAUUCAAUGUAUCAACCAGUUUUUUGAAAAAAUAAAAAUCAAGUCUAAGUCAAACAUCAACUACCAUCUUCCUUGCUCAAUCUGAUCCAUUUUUCUAAUUUAGAUUCCGUACAUUUUUAGUAAUUUAGUACUUUUCCCGAAGCCUAUGGGAAUUUCCCGGUUUUUUUAGCGUUUCCCAUUUUUUUAUUAUAAUUUCCGGGAAUUCCGCCACAAGCAGUCCAAAUAUUUUGCGCACAAUUUGAACACCAUAUUUUGUUUAUUUUAUCGGUAGGCAUCUUUUCUACGUUAUAAAAAGAAGUCAUACCUAUUUAUAAGUCAGCUAUACGAACCAGUCUGAAAAGUUUGACUUUUUUUUAUCACUUUCUUUUAUCAUAUUUUCGGAUUGAGCUUGGAAAAACCCUCUCAUUCCUCUCUCUUCAUGGAAUCUAUCAUCUUCACUUUUAUUCAAAUUUUAGCUCACUAUUGGAUCCUUUAGGACUUCUUCAACGAUUUAUCACGUGAACUUUGAUCGAAUAGUUGAUUUCCAGCUGUUCUUGGGUCUUCCACUGAGACUUUUCUGGAUUUUUCCCGAACCAGCCCAAAAAAAAUUGUCAAUGAACUUCAGCACUGGACGCUAUCUCAAAAACCACCUGACAGGUUGUACCAGGUAGCUUCACUGAAAAUUUCAUCAAUUUCCAUCCAUGCAUUCAAAAGUUAUACUCGAAACAAAGUGUGCAUUUUUUUCGAAUACACUCCUUAGAAGUAUUAAUAUUCAUAUUGGAUGAAUUCAAGCAGAUUGGAAAUAUUCCUCUUUCUUGUUAUUUAGGUAGAAGGUUAACAUAUAUUUAACUUUCGUAUCCAUUUUAAGCAGCGUUUCUAUCGACAAAUUAAAAAAUAUCAAACAUUUGAUUAGCUCUCUGGAGCCACCAGUUUCAUUGCAUUUUCUUGUUCUGCAUAAUUUGCUUAGAAUUUAACAUUAUAAUUAAAAAAAAAACGAAUUUUGUAUCCACUUAGUCAUAUUGAGAUAUUUAUCAAGACUAUUGAAACAUACAAGCCUCUGAAAUCGUCCAUCGUUGUUUAGAACUUUUUGUCAAAAGUUUUUUCUCUAAUUCGCUUUUCUUACACCCAGUCGUUGUUUUCAAACGGAUUACUGUAAACUAAAUCAGCCUUGUCAAAUUUAUUCAAAUGAAUUAAGCUCUCUGGAGCCACGAUACAACUAAUACAACUUAAAUCUGUGAACCUAUAAUAUUCCAUGCAAGAAAAUAUAGUUUUUUUUUUCAUAAUUUGUGUCAUCUGGAAGUUUAAAAAUUAUGAGCUUAGGAGUUAAUUAAGAAAUCUCUUGUGAGAAAUGUUAUUUUUAGUGAAAAUAAUAUAAAUGUUGUUGUAGAAGUAAAUAAAGAAAAAAAAGCUUUUAGUUAUGAAUUUUUAUCUGGAUUUCUUUAGAUCAGUUUAAGGCUCAUUUAAUUAUUUUUAUUUAUUUUAAUUAUUCUCAUUUUACAUCUAUACGUUUGAAAAAGCAAAUAAUUGAGAUAGGUGCUUGAAAAUAGUUGUCAUGAAUUGAAAAACGAUUGUUAACUAAUUCAAUAUUAUUUUGAAAUAUUUCACUAAAUGAGUGAUUUAUUAUUAUCAUCAAUUCUAAUGUACAAUUCUCAUUGUCAAUCCAGAUUAUCGCUCUAUUUUUUUCUCUGGUUAUUUCUAAAUAUAAAUUUAUCUCUGAAAUAACAUUUCCAAAAUAAGAUUCUGAGGUACGCUGCUAUUGGAACUUUAUUUUCAUUGAUUUGUUUUCGAAUUUCAAGCAUACAUACAAGACUAUUAAUUUUUUUCUAAGUGAAACGAAUGAAAAAGGUGUCGAUGAACGACACAAAUGAAAAAUCUUAUUUUUUGAAGAAUUUUGUAUACCACAUAAAAUUUUUAGAGUUUUUUUCUAAACGUAUCCGGGGCAGGCAAACCCGAGAAUUUCUACACAAGAAAAAACUGGAAAAAUCUGAGAUUUUGAAAAUUUUCAACUAAAAAAUCUAGCAAUAUCCUGGCAAAUCCGCAGAAAUCCUGGUGUUUCUCAUAAAGUUCAAGAGAAAAGGAUAAAAAUUAACACAUGUAAAAUAAUUUAUUUAUCAAGUCACAUCAGUGGCGUUUACAUCGUAAAUUAAAAUUUUAAAAAAAAUGUUUACAAGUUUCGAUGAAACAAGGCAAAAAUUUGCAUUCGACUCGAAAAUAGUAAAUAAUGGUAACUAAAAAUAAGAUUUUGGUUUGGGGUUGCUUAUAUUGUGUAUAAAUCCGAGCAAAAUCCGGCCUUUUUGAAUAAUAAACAAUAAAAAAAACUUCUAAAAGCUUUUUCUUAGAAGUCAAAAUUGUUCAUGGUCUCCGGGAAUUUCUAGAUCUCUUUUCUAUUUUUUUUCUAGAUCUUUAUUGUUAUAAACAAAAGUUUUGCAAAAAAAAAAAAUGCACAUGAAUUCAAACCUGUUUUUAAAAGUUAAACCGGAAACAGGAGUUUAUAUUUAAAAAAAAUCAAAUUUGGAUUCAGUGCCUUAAAAUUAAUCGAAAUCAGUUCUCAAAUUCUUUGUCCCAAGGAAAACAGGGAGUUUUGUUGCCUUUGUUUUGAAUUAUAUCUAUCCCAAAGCACUUAUUCGUUCAUGUUAAAACAGCUUUUUUGAGCUACUUAAUUUUCCAUCAUUGGCUCUAAAACACAAAAUAAACACAAUAUACACACAAUCCUCUCAUUCUCCAGUAACAAUAGGAAUCUUUUGUUUCUUAACGCUCUACCUUGAAUUUAAAAAUUUGAAUAAGAACUUUUUGAAUUUAAACUCUUACACCGUAAAAUUUUAUAUUUGAGGCCCUUGGAGCCAAAGGGGUAUAAGUGCGUAAAGGCUGAUUUCGAGAAAAAAAGCACUUGAACAUCGUUGCGUUCCAAUGAAUUCCACAGAUAUUUUUUUAAAAAAGAUUGAAAAAAUUUACUCAUCCCAAGUCUCAACAAUUUUGCAGAGAAUGUGAAAAAAACAAACAAUUACCGUUUGUGAGUUCGUGUUCCAAUUAUUGUGUCAAUUCUGUAGCUGACAUCUUGUUGUACACUUAAACAAGCAAAAGUGCAGUAAAAUCAAAAUUCCCUUUUAGUUGAACCUAUUUUCAUAAUCCUUCAAUUUCUGUCUACAUUUUUACGUCAGUUCAGGUCCAUCAGUAGAUGAACGUAGUAGAUAUGUUAGCAAUUUCAUGAAUUAAAGAUAUCUCCCACGCCUACGUGCACUAGUUCUUUCCCUCUCUGACUACUUUUUAGUCACAGAGAGAAGAAAAUUUUGUAUAUGUAUACCAACCGUAUAAUUUUAAAGUGAUAAUUAGGUGAAUUGCAUUUUUUUAUUCAAUUGCUUAAUCUAUGCGCCUAUCUUCAAAUCAGAGGAUUUAAAAAAUAUUCAUUCCAUUGAAUCCCUGAUAAUAAAUUAAAAUCAAUUUUCAUAUCAUCCUAUGAAAAUAUACAAAUUCAUAUCCUAAAUUGUGACUUUUGUUUCGGAUUAUAAAUGCUUACUCACAACGUUCAAAUCAAACGCUGAAUCUAGAUCUUAGAUGAUUGUAGUAAAUUGAUAUGAUUGUAUAAUUUCACUCUCUGGAGCCACCAUCAGACCAGAAUCAGCUCUCAUCGCAUUUCAUUUUAAAAAAAAUGUGCGUCGACCGAUGGAUAAUACAAAGAAUAAAGUAGAAAUAUUUCUUAUAAAAAACAAAUUUUUCCAUGAUUCAUCAUAAAAUAAUCUUUAUUUUCUCCAUAAAAACGAUUUCGAUCAAACGAAUGUUUUUUUAGAUACACGCAGAUGUAACAGUCCCAUUUUUAAAUGAACUAAGCUUAAGUGUAUCAAAAAUACUACAAUUCAUCAGAUUGUUUCAAGUUGAUAAUCUUUAUGUGACAAAAGAUACACAGAUUGGAAUUUUUUCUAUCGAGUGCGUAUUUUACUUAGUCCAGUACUGAAUACGAGCUUUCGUGUAACACGAAUCGUGUUCUUCGUUUGCUUUUUUUAAUAAGCUGCGUUUCUUUCAACAAAAUGGAAAGAUCGAUCAUUCGCCUCGAAAUCAUGAAUUUAUCCCGGGACUAUCCAACAGAAUCGUUUUUUGUUGAUCUCUCCCUCACGAUCGCUCAAUCCCAGAUUCUACAAAAUCAUAAAAUAGCUCUCUGGAGCCACCAUUUGGUGUUUCUUAACCGCUUUUUCUCGUUGGGAAAAAUCUGCUAUUAAAUGAAAAACGCACAACUUACACCCAUUUCACCGUAUUGAUAUAUGAAUCAAGAAUAUUACAGCAAAUAAUAAGAAAUUAGUAUCGUUAUUAAGGCUUUUUCCGAGAUUUGACUCCAAAUAGCUUUUCUUACUCUCAGACAGAGCCGUAGAAAGAACUGCCUUAUGGGGGUUUGUUUACAAAUUUUUUUCCUAAAAAUGUUUAUUUAAAAAAUACAUACCUAAAGAAAAGUAAAAAAAAAAUUAUACCUUCUAGAAGUAUCUCAUUAGUCGGGUUUUAGUUCUUUGAUAUCAAAGUUAUUCAUUUAAAAUUGU